GUUCACGGUCAGCGAGGCUGGUCUUGGCACCAGUCCCUCUGGGUCGACGUCAGUGGCCCGGUUUGCUGGAAGGGGCUCGUCACUACCGCAAAGACCAUUGCCCACUGCCAGCAUUCCAUCAGCAGUUAAGGCUUCCCCUGACCCCCAAUCAGUGCCUUUGGUCGAUAUCAGCCCCAGUUCACCAGUAGGUGUCACGGGCCUAACGGUCCACUCAGCAUCCAGUUCCACGGGUGCCACUGGCGAUGAUGAUGAAGUCAGUAAUGAGAAGGGGAGGGCGAUUUAUUCAGCACAAGAGAGAGCCCAGCGGCUGGCAUCCGUGCUGCACCAAUCCUCUAAAACUCCGAAGACCAGUCCUUGGCCUAGUCGACCGUCCUCCAUCGCAUCUACUCCUUCAGAGGCGGCGCUACCCUUUGAGGAUGGAGAUGAGAUUCCCAUGAUAAGUCUUUCCGAAAAGCAAUUUGGCGAUUUUUCAGACGACGAUGACCUGGGCCCAUUGAACGGCCGACAAUCGAUCCGAACUUCUCAAGCCCACCAACUAGUCAGACAAAUGACUCGAAACGAUUUUGAUUUUUUGAGCCGGCUCCAAGCCCCCUCGGUAGGGCUGGAGUCCGGACAAGUCACUCCCAUUGAAGAAAGGGACUCUGACGCCUAUGUCGAACGACCGACGCACUACCGCGGCGGCAUCCUCUCCUCUUUACUCAAACUUUACGAUCAACCCGGUGGCCACUAUUCGCGGGGCCGGAAUGCCAGCUUGCGCCGGAGCAGCACGGGAGAGUUCAGUGGUCGAGGGUUAUCCCCGGACCCUACCUGGAAGUCUCAACGGCCCAGGAAGUGGUAUGAAGAAUCCCCCAACCAGUCGAGCACUUCGCUGGCUGGCUCAACGGCCAAGAAUUCUACGACCUCUCCAAUUGCGAUGCUUAAGCGCUCGCGUAGCAGUGGAGCCAUUCCAAACGUACCAAAGCGGAUGGGCAAGCCGCAGCUCGAGGAUGAAAUUCGUAUCACAGUCCAGAUAGCCGAGCUUCUCUCCCGACAGGGAUAUCUCAUCCGGCUUUGCCGGGCUUUGAUGAAGUACGGUGCUCCUACCCACCGACUAGAGGAAUAUAUGAAGAUGACUGCCCGCGUCUUGGAAGUUGAUGGCCAAUUUCUGUAUAUACCUGGCUGCAUGAUCAUCUCCUUUGACGAUGCUUCUACCCACACCACCGAGGUCAGAUUAGUCCGAAGCCCCCAAGGGGUUGAUCUGGGCCGACUCUGCGAUGUGCAUCUCAUUUACAAGGAGGUGAUUCACGGCGUGAUUGGGGUCGAAGAGGCCAUUCAACGGCUGGACGAGAUCCUGAAGCAGAAGAACAAGUACCCGGUACCAGUUGUUAUUCUUAUCUAUGGAUGUGCCAGCGCCUGCGUCGGUCCUUUCGCAUUUAACGCACGACCCAUCGAUAUGCCGAUUGCCUUCUUGCUCGGAUGUCUUCUGGGGACCCUUCAACUCGUACUUUCGCCGCGUUCCAAUCUUUACGCCAAUGUCUUUGAGAUCUCCGCAGCAGUCCUAACCUCGUUCUUGGCCCGGGCUUUUGGCAGCAUCCGCUAUGGUGAUGGGCGGCUUUUCUGCUUUUCUGCUUUGGCUCAAUCCUCGAUUGCACUGAUCCUGCCUGGAUACAUGGUGUUGUGCGCCAGUCUGGAGUUGCAGUCGCGCAGUAUCGUUGCCGGAUCUGUCCGCAUGGUCUACGCUAUCAUCUAUUCCCUCUUCCUCGGGUUCGGGAUUACGAUCGGAACCGCAGUGUACGGUCUAUUAGAUGGUGAUGCCUCCUCGGACUAUACAUGCCCGCCAAGUCCCAUCACCAAUGAAUAUCUCCAGCAUUUUCCCUUUGCGAUCCUCUUCACCUUCUGCCUCGCAGUCAUCAACCAAGCGAAGUGGAAGCAGAUUCCUAUGAUGUUGAUUAUCUCAUUUGCGGGAUACGUGACGAAUUACUUUGGCACCAAGCGGUUUUAUUCGAGCACUCAGAUAUCCAAUGCCUUGGGCGCGUUCGUCAUCGGGGUCAUGGGGAACCUUUACAGUCGGCUGCGACACGGCUUCGCGGCCGCUGCGAUGUUGCCCGCCAUCUUUGUUCUGGUUCCCUCUGGUCUUGCUGCUAGUGGGUCACUCAUUUCGGGCAUUGCGGCAGCGGAACAAAUCACUACGUCGACGUCUCCUUUCGCAGUUGUCUCUAACGGGACACAAGGCUUCGUGGAUGCGGCAAAGAACCUAUCGAGCCCGGACUUUGACCGCGAGUUCCACGGCGUGGUUCUCGACAUCGGUUAUGGAAUGAUCCAGGUAGCAGUCGGCUUCACGGUGGGCCUGUUCCUGGCUGCCUUGGUUGUUUAUCCGCUCGGAAAGAAGCGAAGUGGACUCUUCAGCUUCUAGAUAACUUGCCUCGAUUGUCUCUUCUUUUCUUACACUUGCAAUUUGACUGUCUUCUGUGUUAUUUCUGACGAAGCGAAUUGUCGUGUUAUUCAGCGUGAUUUAUCUUCAUCCUUUCACUUGAUCUGUGUUUCUUUUUGGUGUCAAUGUCCCCCUCCUCUCGGGUUUUCCUUUCUUGUCGGGCUCGCUCUUGCUAUUUAUGCAUAUAUAUCCGUCAUCUCUUAUCCGGUUACUCUCCUUGUCUGUUCGGGUCUGAUUCGUUUGAUGCGAUUGCAAGCGCUCCCAGGGUAUCUUUGCUGUUUUUUGUCAUCCACACAGGCGUGUGUUGAUUCUUUUCUCCUGUUUUGUACCAUUUCAUUCCUUUUCUUUCUCUUCGUCCUUUUUCUGCGUCUACAAAAGCAAAGCAACGGCGGUUCGGGUCAUAUGUUACAACGUCUUUGGUGGGAUUCUAAUUCCUUGUGCUGAUCUGCUCCUGAUACAUGGAAGUUGAGUUGAUCGUUAUAUUAUACUGCGUUAUUACUUACAUCUACUGCCACCACCAAGCUAGCCCUACGACGGCUUAUCACUAGAUAGAAGAUACGAUACCACGAAUAAUGAUCAACUACGAACAAUACCUCGCAUAGAAACCACACUCAUCG